GUUUAAGGCCGAAAUUAAAUCAGUUUGUGCGCUCUGGAGCGCGCCUGUGGACAAAGAGACGAUCUUUGUAACCAGUUCCUCCAUCUUCAGGGUGUGAGUCACAGAUGGGUGUGUUCAGGCGCUGCCAACUUUCUGCGUGUUGUCUCAGGCGCUCUAUGAACGCGAAGGUUCAGCUGAACCGUAAAUCGGACUGUACGGAAGUCUCCGGUCUCUACUGCGUGUCAGCACAUGGUCCGCCGUUCAGUUCAUAUCAGAUCUUCUCUCUCUGAUCCCCACCGACAGGUUGGUCGUGUUGCAGAAGGAUGGGCCUCCUGCAGCUGCUCAAGUCGCAGGUCCUGGGCCACCUGAUCAUGUGCUACGUGUUCCUGUUCAGCGGCCUCAUCAUCAACCUGCUGCAGUUCUGCCUGCUGCCCCUCUGGCUGCUCAGUAAGCCCCUGGCUCGCCGGGUCAACUGCGGACUGGCCUACUGCAUCGCCAGCCAGAUGGUGGCGGCUCUGGAGUGGUGGUCCGGGACCGAAUGCACCCUGUACACCGACCCAGAAAGUUACCCGCUCUAUGGAAAGGAAAAUGCGAUCGUGCUUCUCAACCACAGUUAUGAGAUCGACUUCCUGUGCGGCUGGACCUUCUGUGAGAGGUUCGGGGUUCUCGGGAGUUCCAAAGUUAUGGCGAAAAAGGAGCUAGCUUACGUGCCCGUCAUCGGUUGGAUGUGGUACUUCCUGGAGAUAGUUUUUUGCAAGCGACACUGGGAGGAGGACAAAGUGACGGUGGCUCGGAGUCUCCAGAACCUGCGGGACUAUCCGGUGAACUUCUGGUUCUUGCUCUUCUGCGAAGGAACCCGCUUCACCCAGAAGAAGCACGAGGUCAGCAUGCAGGUGGCCGAGAGCAAAGGUCUGCCCAAACUCAAGCACCAUCUCCUGCCCAGAACCAAAGGGUUCUGGCUCACCGUCCAGAACCUCCGAGGAACAGUGGCCGCUGUCUACGACUCCACACUCAACUUCAGGGACAAGGAAGCGCCGACUCUGCGCGGAAUUCUCAACGGCAAGAAAUAUCAUGCAGAUCUAUACGUCAGGAGAAUCCCGCUCGAGCUGAUCCCUGAAGAUGAGGCUGAAUGUGCAGCUUGGCUUCAUAAACUCUACCAGGAAAAGGACAGCUUCCAGGAUCAGUACCUGCAGACAGGACGGUUCCCCGGGCCCGCCACCAGUCCUCCCCGCAGACCCUGGUCCCUGAUCAACUGGUUGUUCUGGUCGAGCCUGCUCCUCUACCCUCUGGGCCUGGUGCUGUCCUACCUCUUCAGCUCUGGGUCGCUGACGACCAUCGUGGCCUCCCUGGCUCUCUGCAUGGCAGGUUCGGUCGGCAUCGGUUGGAUGAUCGGGCAGACUGAAAUCAACAGAUCGUCGAGUUACGGGAACAACAGAGCUCCUUCAAACAAGUGAAGCGUGACGACGGCUCGCCAGAGUCUGGUGCAGCUGCGGACCUGCAGCAACGAGUGGAGACAUGCUCCGGGACGCAUCGCAUAAACAAUGUGGGAGGAUGGAUGAGCAGAGCUGGGCUCAGAGAACAGGAAGGAACGCGGUGCAUGUCAUCUGUAGCAGGAAGUGGGUUCUGACUUGGUUCCGUUCCAACGUGAUCGGACACCACGUCAUGUUUUCAGCAAAGUGACAGCUUUCAGUUUUUACUAUUUCACAGUGCUGCUCUUUUUUAAUCGUCUGUCAGUCAUACAGUUGAGUUCCAGUAGAAUCCAUUCAUCUUGUGUAACAUCUCCCACUUGCAGUACAACUUUACAAGCGCAUAAAAAACUCACUUCUGUUGGAACAUUUUGUAUGAAGAAAUAACAUGAAGCGACAGCGUCACUCAUCGGCAAUUCAUGGUUUAGCAUCGCUUAACAGUUUGGAAACUUACAUUUAUAUUUGAAGGAAUUCAGAAUUGUAUUCAGAUUCAGCAAAAGAUUUCAGUAUAUUAACACAUUAAAAUAGACAUUUAAGGAUUUGUCUAUGCAAAUAAAAACAUAUUUACAAUAGAGUCACCAGUCAUUUUAGGUUUAACCACACGUUUGAGAGUCAAGAAUUUGUUCCAGAAGAGGUGAUUUGUCUUGACACGCAUUUGAGGGUCAAAAUAAGAGCUGACAACAGAGACAAUAUGAGGAAAUAAAAACUGCUUUUCAGCAUUUAUUUUCAUUGUCUCGAAGCAGCUGGAAAUACAACAUUACGUGUCAAAAUAAGUAGAAGCCUGAUGGAAUACUAAUAACACAAAGAAUGCUACAUACACAUUUGUGUUUGAGUUGAGUGUUCAGCAAAAUAUGCAUUGAGCAAAACCUGCCUUUGUGGAUCAAAGUAAACAUGAAAGGAGCAGUAUGCCUUUAGAUAUUUGACAGCUUCUUGAUCAGAAAAUAUUUCAAGAUUUAUGUUCACAUUUAAGAUAGUAUCAGACUAAAUGUAUCAGUAAAGGAAAACUACUUUUGUAAGUGAGGAACAUGAUCACAUUUGGCAAGUUUGAAGGUGAGAAAGAAUUCAUUUCAGGGAUUUAGGCACAGCUGUAAGGAAGUUUUUUUCUCCUGAGAAUAGGACUGUUAAUAAAUAUAUAUAUUUAGAGAGCCUUUAGUUUUGAUGAUCAUGGUCAAUAUUCUCCAAGUGCUUGACCAUCUGUCUUGAAAUUCUGACUUUUGGGGAUAGAGAACCAUGAUGAAAGCUAAUGGCUGGUUAUACUUGAGUUUAAGACUUUCAGAGGACAUUUAAGCUGAAGUACAGAGGUGCAAACACUGACUCAAGGCAAGAGAUUAAAACAUUUGAGGACUUAAAUGUACAUUUCAGUUAGAUCGGUUGAUCAUUGAAGGAGCAAUAGACAUCAUGCUCUUUGAAAUAUCUUGAGGCAAUUUCAUUUGUGACUUUUGUUCUGCAUUGGAACAUUUGGCUUACAGAAUGACAUGUUCCGGAAAACAACAGUUGCAAUUUCCAAAAGAUCCAACACAGUGAGCUCUUUUAAAAGAUUGAUUUAUUAAUAUUUUUUGUACAUACAACACUGUCAGAGCAGCAGAGGACCAGUUCUGUUUGUUGUGAGUCAGAGUGCGUGGUGGAUGUUUGUGUGGUGUUCAGCAGCGAGGGGGGACCCCAGUCCCCCACAUAGUUUCUCCACUUGAGCUAACUUAACUUGCUUCCACUCGACACGCUCUUCUCAACGAAGGCAAAUAAAAUAGCAUUAAAAGAAACGACAGACAAACAAGAUCCUUCCUUGCGCUGAACUCUCGCCAAACGACAUGAGAUAAAUUAAUUUGAAUAUUCGGAUGGUUUUUAAUUCAUAAAAGGUUAAACACGUUUUUCCUUCCAUUCUGUGAGGGUUAACUGACCGACCCCCCACUUCUCUAUCAACUGCCCCCUCCAGUCAACAGUUUAAAAGUGCCAUAGGUUAACCCCCCCGCCCCCAACCCUCUUUAUAAAAAGUAUUCCUCUAUGACUUUUCAGAGGUUUCGUCCCAGUCAGAACAAACAUGGCGAUAAUUACUUUACAAUAUUGUUUAUACAAGAAUUAAAGCCAAAUAUUAUCCAUACAAUAUCUACAGUCGUCGCCCAUCAGUCGGCCGGUGCAUAAAGACGUGACCCUUCAAGGUCAUCUGAAAUGAUGAGUUCCUCAGUUUAACUCCAUGUGCCUUCAGUCUAACCUUCUCCACCUCCACAGUUCUGUUUUUCUUGUCCAUCCGCGUGUACAGUAGUGCGUCCUUUUGUGAACCCUGAAGAGCUGCUUUACUCUUCAUCCGUACAAACCUGUGACACAAAAACGGAUCAGGUGAGAACCAAGUUCGCCGACCCGGCAACAAGGAACUGGACAUCAAAAAUAAGACCAGGCUUGUCCUGGAGAUGAUGAGACUCUCUCCUGGAGGUCGCUGUAUACACAAAAUCUUAGCCAAACUCACUCCUUUUGCCUCAUCUGGUCACAGACAGACGAGAGGGAGACACCUGCUGGCAGGAAAGCUCAUGACCACAUCUGUUUCUGAAACCAACUGUUGACCACAGAAAAUCUAGAGAGGCUUCUGGUAAAUAUUAAUGUAUGAAAAUGCAGUUUACAAAAAACAAUUUAGGCAGCAGUGGCAAAACACUGUCAACAACAGUGCAGAUGAUCCACUGUAAUGAGCGAUGACUGAUGUGGGACAGGCACCGUGGGUGGCUAUUUUUAGCUAAAAUUUGACCAGUGACGCCACUGAAUGGCUCUCUCCCACCCACUCUUUUACAUUCCAUCCAUUUUCCCCUCUCACUGCCACUUACCGCGACCCCUAGUGGCCACACGGAUACCUAAACGAAGCGGCAAAGUCAGUUGCAUGAUGGAUAUUCGACAGUCCCUGAGGUGUCUCCCUCCGCUGCCCCUCCCGCUCCGCACUGCCUGGACUGGAUUCACGCUCAGUCAAAGAAUCUGUCCGGAUUGUUUAUCUUUAUCCUUUCAUCUGACACAAGGGGGCGCUGGAAACCUGCUUCUAAGCAUCUCUCAAGCUCCCUUUACAGAUAUGAAACAGCUCAUUGGAGUCGUCCGGUGAUCAGAUGGGAAAGUCAGAAAACGCAUGAUCAGAUGGUGGCGCUAAACACAUUCCUGUUGCUCUUGUGUAAAAUAACAGAAUCAGAGAGACGCCAUCUCACCUUGACAAAAGGGUGGUCGAGCAACAUGCUCGCGGUCCAGCGUCGUUUGGGCUCGCUCUCCAGACAGUGACCCAAGAAAUCCUUCCCUUCUGUGCUCAGCUUCUCUGGUAUCGGAGGUUUGUGGCCCAUUCCCACUUUGUACAUAAUUUGAAAGUUGUGUUCGUACUCGUGCCAAGGCCUCUGUGGAGGGUCGGGGUGACAGAGAUGAAGCUCGUUUCACUCUGUUGCUUCAAUACUAGUUGACAAGCACCACACAUCAGGAAUGACACGACAAACACAUUUACCUUCCCGGUCACCAUCUCAAUGAGGACGCAGCCCAGGCUCCAGAUGUCGGCCGCUCUGCCGUGGCCCUCACCCUUGGCUCGUGUGAUGACCUCAGGUGCCAUGUAUGCUGGAAGACCGCACGCAGAAAAUAUGACAAACCCUCCAGUCCAAAACACAACAUUCACCCGACCUCAUGAGAUCAUCCAUGAAAACAUGUCUCGGUCCAGUUGCCGUACCUGCGGUUCCCAGUGUACUGUUGACCUCUCCGGGCAUGGUGUGAGUGUUGUUCCUCAACUUCACCGAGCAGCCAAAGUCGCCCAGUUUAAUGAGGCCUGAAGAGGUCAGGAAGAUAUUUGCUCCUGGCGUGAAUGAUACAAGAGUUUCAAGUGAGACGGGCGUGUGUUUAAAACCAAGAACUGUCCGGAGCCUCACCCUUGAUGUCUCGAUGGACGAUGCCGUGCUCGUGCAGGACGUUGAUGGCGGUCGUGAUCUGCUUGCUGUACAGCCGAAUCACGUGCUCCUGCAGCCCCAGCCUGGACACCUCCUCCAGGGUCCCCUCGUCGCAGUACUCCAUGAAGAUGUACAUC